AUGUGCACCAUUCCCGACGUUACAGAUACGUGUGGUUUCUGCGACUUCACAGUCGAGAUUGCGAGACCAAAGGCGUUCGAGAGGUUGAGCGUCGUAAUUGGCUUUGUUACAAAUGCAGCAGAGAUCCCAGCAAAAACAUUCUCCCACAUAGGGCCUAUUCGAAGAGGCGAUCUAUUCUUUGUGGAGGUGGACCUAAAUAAUGAUCGACUGAGAUAUUUCUCAAGUAAAGAUUAA